AUGAACGGUUUACGUACCGCGCUAGUACUAGCGGGUUUUCUUGUGCUUACCGGAUCUGUGAGGGUGGGAUCCAAGAGGAAAGGCGCAAAUUCAGACCAAACCCCGGCGGCGAGUUACUGGUCCAGCGACAUAUCCGCCUCCCUGCCGCCUGAUUCGGCGUUCUACACGACAUCCCAGGGCCUGGCGCAGACCCACCCCGGCCAGAAGGGCCCCGCGGGGCCCUCGUCCAAGCGGCUGGGCGCCGGUUCGAAGGUGCCGGUCAAGCACCUGGACUACCGGCUCUCCUCCACCGACGAGCUGAGGAAGAACCCCUCGCUGUCGGCCCCCGACGAGUGCGCGCGUGCCUGCCGGGAAGGGGAGCCCCCCAAGAUUUGUUACUACCACUUCACGUUGGAAUUGUACACCGUACUCGGCGCAGCUUGCCAAGUGUGCACCCCCAACGCCACGAACACGGUCUGGUCGAAUUGCCAGUGCGUUUUGGCCGAUGGGGUGGAAAGGGGCAUUUUGACGGCCAACCGGAUGAUUCCGGGACCCAGUAUACAAGUGUGCGAGGGCGAUAAGGUCGUCAUCGACGUGGAGAAUCACAUCGAAGGCAUGGAAGUGACCAUCCAUUGGCACGGAAUCUGGCAGAGGGGCAGCCAAUAUUACGACGGGGUACCUUUCGUCACGCAGUGCCCCAUUCAACAGGGUAACACCUUCAGAUAUCAAUGGGUAGCAGGAAACGCCGGUACUCAUUUCUGGCAUGCUCACACCGGUUUACAGAAGAUGGACGGUCUUUAUGGAAGUAUUGCCGUUCGACAGCCGCCCUCCAAGGACCCCAACAGCUACCUCUAUGACUACGAUCUCACCACUCACGUCAUGUUGCUCAGCGAUUGGAUGCACGAAGACGCUUCCGAGAGAUUCCCGGGAAGAUUGGCGGUUAACACAGGUCAGGACCCCGAAAGCAUCCUGAUCAACGGCAAAGGACAAUUCAGGGACCCGAACACCGGAUUCAUGACCAACACCCCAUUAGAAGUGUUCACAAUCACGCCCGGAAAGAAAUACCGAUUCCGUAUGAUCAAUUCAUUAGCGUCCGUUUGUCCAGCCCAGAUCACCAUCCAAGGACACGAUUUGACAUUGAUUGCCACCGACGGGGAACCAGUCCAUCCCGUCAAAGUCAACACGAUCAUAUCCUUCUCCGGAGAAAGAUACGACUUCGUUAUCAACGCUAAUAGUGCACCUGGAGCUUAUUGGAUCCAACUCAGAGCGCUGGGAGAAUGCGGUAUCAGGAGAGUUCAGCAAUUGGGUAUCCUGCGAUACGCCAGGGGUCCUUACCAACCCAGCUCGAAUCCGCCUCAAUACGAUUUCGGUUUACCCCAAGGAGUGGUGCUGAAUCCGCUGGACGCGAGGUGUAACGAAGUCAGGACGGACGCCAUUUGCGUGAAUCAAUUGAAAAACGCCAAGGAAAUCGACAGGGGGAUAUUGCAGGAACGCCCGGACGUCAAGAUUUUCCUGCCCUUCAGGUUCCACGUUUACACGCCCGAGGAUUUGUUCCAGCCCAACACUUACAACAGGCAUUUAGUGGCGCCUAACGGAGAUCACGUCAUCAGUUUAAUCGACGAAAUAUCUUACAUGUCCCCGCCGGCCCCUCUGACGUCCCAAUACGACGAUAUCGAUCCUGAUCAAUUCUGCAACGGCGACAACAGACCGCCGAAUUGCGGUGCGAAUUGCAUGUGCACCCACAAAGUGGACAUACCGCUGAACGCCAUCGUCGAAGUGGUUCUAGUCGAUGAAGUUCAACAGCCGAAUUUGAGCCAUCCGUUCCAUCUGCACGGUUACUCCUUCAACGUGAUCGGUAUCGGCCGAUCGCCGGACAGAAACGUGAAGAAAAUCAACCUGAAGCACGCGUUGGACCUGGACAGGCAAGGCCUGUUGCACAGGCAGUUCAACCUGCCCCCCGGCAAGGACACCAUCGCCGUGCCCAACAACGGUUACGUCGUGCUGAGAUUCCGGGCGGACAAUCCGGGUUUCUGGUUAUUCCACUGUCACUUCUUGUUCCACAUCGUCAUCGGAAUGAACCUGGUGUUCCAAGUCGGCUCCAACGCCAAUCUGCCGCCGGUGCCGCCCAAUUUCCCCACCUGCGGCGACCACAAACCCCCUAUAACGAAUACCAUAGACGGCCACUAUUACAGUUUGAAAUGA